CUCCUUUUCUAAUCGCGACCGUGCUUGAGCCUCAUUUUCUCCUUUCCUCUCCGCUCCCGGCUUUACGAGGUAACGCGCGCGACGUGACAGACGGCUCAGGUUACCCGUCGCAUUAGGCUGACGGAGCGCGCGUCGCACCCUUCGAUUCCACGUCGUCGUCGGAUCGCGCUGCGACGAUACCGGAGGGUCCGGGCAAGAGGGAACGGGCAAGAUGGGGUUCUUGAACGAUGUCGUUACGUCGAUUGCGCCGAUAUUCAUAGCGACGAGCCCGAUAACGAGCUAUGCGGACCAGAUACACAGCAUACACCGCACCAAGACCUCAGCAGGCUUCUCGCUGGAUAUACCGCUGAUCAUGCUGGUCGCUAGCAUACUGAAGGUCUACUACUGGUUCGGCGCCCACUUCAGCACCUCGCUCCUCGUCCAAGCCCUCCUCAUGAUCGGAAUCCACCUCCUCCUCCUGCACGUCGCGCUCACGCACCGCCCCGCGCCCUCGCACCUCCCCUUCCAGCCCGCAUCCUCGAAACGCCCGUACAGCUUCUGGCAGUGGAAAACCUCGCGCCCCUACUGGACCUUCCUAUCCUACUUCACCUUCACCCUGCUCGUCCUCCACUUCCUGCUCAGCCCCACAAGCGUCUUCCUCCCCUACACCGACUUCCUCGGCUACAUCGCCCUCACCGUAGAAGCCACGCUGCCUCUCCCGCAGCUCCUGUCCAACUGGCAGCGCCGCGGCUGCAAGGGCUUCCGCCCCAGCGUCAUCGUCAACUGGAUCAUCGGCGACACCUUCAAGAUGUGGUUUUUCUUCGCCUCGUCUGCCGGCGAGGUCCCUCUCGCGUUUAAGAUCUGCGGUGUCUUUCAGGCGUGCUGUGAUCUUGGCUUGGGGCUGCAGUGGUGGGUGUGGGGCGAUGGACCUGGCGAGACGGGGGAGCCGACCAUGGGGUAUGCGUAUGGUGAGAAGGUGUUGAAGAGUCCGCCGCCGGAGAUAGAGGGGUUUGGACCCGUGGGUAUGGGGAUCGAUAUGGGGGAGACGGUUGGGUGGGAGAGGCAGAGGGUGGGGAUGUAG